ACUUGCAAAAAGUUAUAGAACUUCGGCUAUACCUUAAAUGGAGUCCCAAAAUCGGCUAUUUGUGCACUUGCCUAAGCAACCUAGUCCAAAUUAGGAGCCCACUUCAAAUCCCCGGGUAUUUCCUCUUUGGCCAUCCGAAUUAGAAACUCCGAUCUCUCUCUCCGGCGAAACCGAUUUGUAGGAAAUGUCAUUCUUAAAGGAUAUUCUCAUUGGUUCUGAAGCUCAUUUUGUGGUGCUAAUUGUACAGAGCUCAUCAAAAUUUUCAGGUGUGGAGUUAAAAUUUGCAACAUAUGGUUUCAUGCGUACUAGCCUUUGGUGACUCAGAUUGAAAUAAUUUUUGUAUUUCGACGAGAGGUUUGUUUGACUUAUUGGUGUGAAAUGGCAGAACUUUUUGGAUAUACAGCAUGCAGACAAUUAUCGCAAAUGUUCAUUUCAAUAAUAUUCUUCCAUGUUUCCGAGUACAUUCUGGCACUUUUCAUUCAUGGGAAGUCAAACGUAACUCUUAAGUCGCUUUUGAUAAGCAAACAUUAUCUACUGGCAAUGAUAUGCUCCUUGAUAGAGUACCUCAUUGAACUCUAUUUCUUUCCUGGCUUAAAGGAAUAUUGGUGGAUAAGUAAUUUCGGCCUUGCAUUGGUUGUUCUUGGAGAAAUCAUAAGGAAGCUGGCAAUUGUGACCGCAGGCGUAGCCUUCACUCAUCUAAUAAAGGUUUAUCACGAGGAAAGUCAUCAGUUGGUUACACAUGGGAUCUAUAGAUAUGUCCGGCACCCUGGUUAUAAUGGUUUCUUCAUCUGGUCUAUUGGUACUCAAAUAAUGCUUUGUAAUCCAAUAUCAACCAUUGCAUUUGCAGUUGUUGUGUGGAAAUUCUUCUCGGGGAGGAUACCUUAUGAGGAAUUUUUCCUAAAGCAGUUUUUUGGUUCUGACUAUGAGGAUUAUAUGAGAAAAGUCCCUUCUGGUAUUCCAUUUGUGAGGUGAUUAUUCAACAAAUCCUCUUGAGGCCACUAUAUAUAUACCCAGUAUCCUUGUUUAUUGUGGUUUCCUCAUCUGAUCGUCCGUGCUCAGAUAGUCUUCUGAAUUCUAUACCAACUGCAGCAUCUUAGGAUGUAGUCUAGGAAUUUUAUUCUUAGACACUCUUACGAUUCUCUGAGAUACCACUUCCGAAGUGAUGCUUAUGUUAACCUCUGUGGAGUGUUUUUGUCUUAUUUGUAUCAUCAUGUUUUCAUAGUAUCAUGUUAUUGUUAGGUAGCUAGGUGUUCCUAACCUUUGCUCAAUAUGUUGUUCUUGGUCUUUGAUAAUUGAUAGCCGAGGGUCUAUCGGAAACAGCCUCUCUACUCCUCCGGAGUAGGGGUUACGUCUUCGUACACACUAUCCUCCCCAGACCCCACUUGUGGGAUUCCACUAGGUUGUUGUUGUUGUUGUUGCUCUUUGAUAAUUGAUAGGAGGCUUAUAGAGAAGUUAUGAUCCAACGCAUGAGGUAACUUUGCUAGUUCUUUUGACGAGCUGUAAGUUAUCUAUAUUAUGUAGUUGUCAUGGCUGAUGGGUGCAGCUUUUUAUCAUAUUGUUAAGGAGAAAGGUGUUGUAACAUUUUCUCUGAUUUGACAAAUUCACCUCAUCUCAAUUGUGGUUGGUUUC